CUAUAAGAUCAGCUGUUAUUGUUUACAUCGCGUUGUAUUAUUUAAUACCUUGUAAUUAUGUUUUAUAGUAAAAGUUUAGCCAAUAGUUUGUUUAAAUAUAAGAGAAAAGUGUUAACCCAUGUCUGGCCAAGCGUCAAACGUUUUGAAUCAACCUGCCCGCCGCCCAAAAUUCUAUUUUUUGGCACGGAUCAUUUUUCAUUACCCAGUCUAAAGGCUCUUCACAAGAAUGGCAGCCACCAGCUGGGUGUGGUCACAUCCUUUAAAAGUCCAGCCAACUGUGUGCGAGUGUUUGCGGAACAAGCAAACCUUCCUCUUCAGAGUUGGCCCAUUGAGACUUCCCAUUGUUUGGAUUAUGACUUGGGUGUAGUGGUUUCUUUUGGCCAUUUAAUACCAGUCCAUCUGAUUCAAGCCUUUCCCAAGGGCAUGAUCAAUGUCCAUGCCAGUCUUUUGCCUCUUUGGAGGGGAGCAGCACCAAUUAUAUAUGCCAUCAUGAAUAAAGAUGCACAAACAGGAGUUUCGAUAAUGAAAAUAGAGCCACAUCAUUUUGAUAUUGGAGCAAUUUUAGCUCAACGUGAAAUGGCAAUUAAAAGUGACAUUCUCAUGCCCGAAUUGCAUGAGAAACUGGCGCAUUUAGGAGCUGAUUUAUUGGUGGAUACUGUUAACAAUUUGCAACAACGACUGGCGAAUGCUCGCCUUCAGGACAAUAAAAAUUCUAGUUAUGCUCCCAAGAUAACCAACAAAAUCGCAGAGGUUUCCUGGGCAGCACUUAACGCCGAAGACAUUUAUACUCGAUAUCGGGCUCUUUAUGGCUUUAAGAACCUAACGACUAGUUUUCAUGGAAAGCAAAUUCAAUUGAUUGAGCUUCGUCUGCCAAAAAAACAAGAUGAAAGGGUUCAAUUGAAACCAGGUUGCCUAAGCUAUCAACGUCCCCUUAAAUCCCUGCUAAUAGGCUGUGCCAACAACUCCCAAGUGGAGGUACUGCAGCUACGUGUGGAGGGCAGGAAAUGCAUGUCUGCCCAGGAUUUUAACAAUGGAUUUUUGAGACAAACAAAGAGUUUACAAUUUAUGGAAAAUAAACAAAUUGCCUGUUAAA